AUGAUUCGAACUGGUAGCUUUGUCGCCGAGGAAUGAUUCUUUCGUUGUGUUGCAAUAUUCCGGUAUCCGGCGAAGGAUUUGGAUUGAAUUUAGAGCCGAAAACAUGAAAGUUACGGUGUGUUUUGAUGCUGUGCGUGUCAUCGUUCCGUGUGGGAAUGGCGAACUAACUGUAUCUGAGCUUAUUGAACGAGCGGUUUCAAGGUAUCGCAAAGCUACAAACAAGCCAACAGACGAGCACGUACAAGUGCAUUUUCUUGAGACCAGUGAUGAUCGAGCUAUUCUCGAUCCUGACGAUGUACUCAGUGAUGUGGUCGACGACAAAGAUAAGUUACUCGCUGUUUUUCAAGAGGGUUCUUCUCAACUUCUUCAUCGGCCAGCCCUGAAUGGUGGCUAUGGAACUAGUGCAUCAUCUGUAGGAACAGCAAGUCCUGACUUGUCCCAGCAUGAGGAUGAACCUCAGAAAUACAUAGAAGAACAACCCUUAAAACAAUUCACAUCAAUCAAACCAAAUACAAAUGGUGAAAUAAAGACUGCGCCAAGGGCAGUGAAAAGCCCUCCACCUCCUGUGCCACCUAAACCAGUUAGAAACAACACCAAGAAUAGUAGUAGGACUUCUUAUAUUGAAUCUGUCCCUUCGGAAGAUUCUGGGAUAUCCUCCCAUGAUGACAGGUUUCGAAUAAGUUCUGACUCUUCAAAGUCUGAAACAAUUGAGAAUGUAGUUGUCAAACCUACAAUUUACAAGACAGGUGAAAUGACCUUUGUUGCGGUAGGGAUGCCUGUUAAGCAAGCAGUUUAUAAUGGUCAAAAUGGUCAUGCAAACCAUGACAGAAGACGUUUCUCAUCAACGAGUUCUGACCACGCUGAUAAUGAGCACAGUGACAUGGAGGAAGAAACAUUUUCAUUGGGUCGUAAUUCAGCACGAAGAUCUAUGUUUGUAGACAGCCCCAUGUUGGACAGAUGGGCAGAGCUACAGGAGGAGAGAAUGUUUGUGAAUAAUCCCAACCGAAGUGAGCCAGUGAGUACAGUAACAUCUCCAUCAGAACCAAGCUCCAUCGAACCAGACUUUGCUCUGAAGUAUGAUGACGACCAGCAAUCUCAAACCUCCCAGAGUAGUGGGGAACCUGAUAUGCUUAUGAUUGAGUUGAGUCGAGCAGAUCCAACGGAACCCUUAGGGUUUACGGUGACGGGAUACAGAACAGCAGACAGCAGGGAACUUGGGCUUAUCGUUCGAGACAUUUCACCCAGUGGAUGUGCUGCAAGAGAUGGAAGACUUGAAAUAGCAGACAGAAUUGUUGAGGUGAAUGGCUGGAGUCUAAUGGACAUGCCAAAUGAAAGAGCAGAAGAACUUUUUGCAGAAGCAAUAAAAGCAUCAGUUGUUAAUCUCGGAGUGUCUCGAACGCAUUCAUUCGUCCCAGGACAGAAAAGUGACACACCAAACGAUGAUGAAGUCAUACACGCACAACCUAUAGAAGAAAAUGACGAAUCACAACAGCAACAACAACAAGAUCAGACACCGAGAGAAAUACUUCCUCUUACACCUCGUUCAAUGAUCAAUUCACCUUCGAUUCCCGACAACAGCUUCAAGAAAGUGAAUAAAAGCAUCCUUAUCGAACUCAUGAAAGGCAUUGAUGGUCUUGGAUUCAGCAUCACAACACGCGAUAAUCCAGCCGGAGGGAACACUCCAAUAUUCGUGAAGAGCAUCCUCCCAAAAGGUGCAGCUAUCGAGGACGGACAGCUGAGGGCCGGGGAUCAAAUUGUGGAAGUAAAUGGACAGAAAAUGUUCGGCAAAAGCCAAGCGGAGGCCGUGAACGUUUUACGAAGCACCAAGGGUCUGGUGAAGAUUUUGGUUCAACGGGAGGAAACUGUCCAGUCCCCCAGGGCUCCUGCGAUAGAGGUAAAUGAAGACAGCAUGAGUCAUUUGAAAGAGGAAGGCCUUCAAGUUCUAACGUUCAAAAUUGCUCUGGACGUAUCUGGCGCGGCAGGCCUGGGUGUGAGUGUUAAAGGCAAAUCACGUGGUACAGCUGAAGAAGGUCGAGACAGUCCUCAGGACAAGGGCAUCUUUGUUAAGUCCAUCAUUCCUGGCGGUGCUGCAGCAAAAGAUGGCCGCCUUUGUCCCAACGAUCAACUUCUCCGUGUGAAUGGUAAAUCGUUAGUCGGGUUAACAAACCAGUCCGCUAUGGAUACACUAAGAAUCGCUAUGCAGUCCACAAGACCAAAUCAAGCCUUUAUUGACGUGACUAUUGCGCGCGAACAAGAAGAGGCUCCACCACCCCCUGGGGAGUUACUGCACAGUAGGUCCCUUGAGAGGCUCAAUGCGCCUGAUCAAGAGAGGCCCAUCGAGGCAAGCUCCGAAGAAAGACUUAUCGAAGGACCACAAUCUGGCAAUUCCGAAACGGACGGUGGUUCUCUCAAGAAGGAAGGACUCCCAAGUGGACAAGAAGACCAAUUUAAUGAAUCAAUGGUCAGUAGAAAUCUGAGCCCGAUCCGAGCGAGAAAUGCGGUGCAUCGAAAUGACUCGUACUGUGUGGCUAUCAACAAGAGCCAAAUACCUGGUUCUCCAUUUUAUAGCCCCUUCAGACAACGCCCCGUCCAUCGCCCCAGUCCUUUAGCAAUGAUAAAUGAUCGUGCGCCACCCCUUGCUCCCAGUUCCCCGACAACAACGUCAACGCCAAUGGAUAGUCGAUCUGAAUAUGGCAUCGAACGUGGAGCAAACGUACCCACAGGAAGGCCCACCAGUACCGUUGCCAUACCAACACCACCUCUCGAAAGCACCGACGAAAAACCCACGGGGCUUGCAAGUCCCUCACAGGUAGCUGCGAAGCCACUUGCUCCUCAGCCCCCGCCGAGGUGGGACUCAGAAGCAGAUCCCUCUGCGAAUAAUAAUUACAAUUUACAAGCAAGGCUUAAGUUAAAGCUCAAAAUGCCAGACGCUGAGGGACCUCAAAAGGAAGGGACUAAUAUCAAACUUCCAUCUCCGCCCUCGCAGUUUUCGAGCCAGUCACCCUCUCAGGAAUGCCCUCCGUCUUAUGAUCAAGCCGUGGCGCGCCUUGGUAGGUCCCCACACGCGUCAGUCAGUUCGGAGCCUUCGACGCCGAGCAGAGAACAGCGGAAAUCGUUUACGGAAGAGAAUGUGGAAAACUCCAUCAUUGCUCCUCCCAGUCCCUUCUCCGAGGAGGAAAACCCAUUUCAAAGGGACGGCUUUGGGCGGACGUCAAUGUCGGAGAAACGAGGACGAGCAACCCUAGAUGCAAGGCAAUCAGAAUUCUUUAUCAAACGAGAACAAGAAAGGACUGAAGAUUAUACGUCUCAGUCAGAAGAUGGUGAAAUCGACGAGGAAAAACCUGAGCUGGCAGUUACACGCCAACCUCUGAGAAGGGCCGACUCAGACGAUGAGCAACUGAGGCAUCAACUAGAGGAAGAAUCUAAAGAGGAAAUACGACCCUCUCCAUAUGGUCGAAUGACAAAAAGUCGCUCAACUGGACAACUAAAACAUAUAGGACUUUCAAAAGCCAAGGAGAAAAAGGCCAAAAGUAACGACAACUUGAGUUUCACAAGCGCAGUGGAAAGUGCGAACCGAUCUUAUCCAGGUGACUUUCAGAAUGGUCACGCAAGGUUUAGUCCUUCGGACGAGCAAGAGGUACCCAUAACGAUGAGGAGUAACGCUGAUUUCACGGCGGUGCAACAGAAACUUGCUACGAAAAAGCCCUUCUACAAAGGAAUCAGUUCUGUGUUUAAGAUCGGAAAAAACAAGCGAGGCGACUACAGUCUCUCGGACUGCGAUGGUCCAGCGUUCAAACAUACCUACAGUAAAGAAGCACUUAUUGACUUUCCCUCCGAGCAGCGAUACAGACAACUUGUCAAUCAUUACGGACAGGAGAGACCGUCGGAACGGGCUAACACGCUACCGACUCGAGGGCGAAAAAAACGCGAAGCGAAAGAAAAGGAGGCUGAAGAAAGGCGACCUCCUCCACCUCCGGUAAUGAAAGUUGGAAGGGUGACUGUUACUGCGCCCACUAGAGUUUAACAAGUCUUCAAGGCUGUCAAGUGCUUCGAAACGGUGAUGAAAACCGGUUAUGAAAGUUGGAAGGGUGACUGUUACUGCGCCCACUAGAGUUUAUUAAGUCUUCAAGGCUGUCAAGUGCUUCGAAAACGAAGUCAUUUCUGUUUAUAGGGCAUCUACAAAUAAUGAAAAUACUCUCGUAUCCUAGCUGAUUUUACAGUGAUGAUAGAGGAAAUUUUCAUAGAAAAUAAAUUAAAGAAUUCUUUGAUGACUAUUUUAUACCCAGGAGGUCUAAAACACCAAGAAUUUAUCGCAUUCUAUUGAUAGAUUAUUUCUAAGAAAAAAACCUAUUAUUUUUGAAAAAGCUAAAGUACAUAUUCAAAUAUUUUGCCUGACGUGUUUGUAAGAUUACCAAAGCAUAUCUGUACCUGUCUUGUGAAUAGGUCACUCCAUUAUCAGUCCCUGUUUUUGAUUCCGUUAAUCCGAAAUAUUUAGCAAAGUUUGUAAAUUGCGAUUUAUAUAGCGAAAGUUGUUGGUCAUCUGUGAUCGAGAUAUUUACCAGCAAUAAAGACCAUUUUCUAACUAA